UGGAGCUUAUUGUUGACGUACCAGCGGAUGCUUUCCUCAUUCUUCUUCGCGGGCCACAAAAAGUGAUGGCGUCUAUCAAUUUCAACGGCAAUUGUCUGCCAAACGCCGCGUUUCAGCGCGGUGUUGGAACUGCCAAGGCCACUAAAUUCAUUGCAGGGGCCCCCCGGGGCAUCACCACAGUGGACAGUGGUGAAUGUUCUCGGGUCAGCAUUGAUGGAUUCAAGAAUGUCUAUCUCGCCAAUGGCCGGCCAGUUCUGGUAGUUGCCGCGUAGUGCAGAGCCAAUGGACCAGAAUGCUGGCCAGAUACCCAGCGAUUGAGAAGGAGAGUUGGUUCCAAGUUUGAGACGAGCUUCGGCACGGACGCGCUCGCCUCGGUGGCAGCUAAAAUCCCAAAUAGCAGUCGUUUCAAUACGAGCAGAGGUCCACGAUCCAUUGUUAACUCGGGGUGUAAUUUUGAGAGUUCCGUAUGGUGUGGUAUCGAUAUUCGAUUUAUGCUUUGUGUAGGUCUGGAUCUCGCCUGUUCCCCACUGAGGUGGUCCACCAUCGUAGGAGGUGCCUAGAUCGUAGGUCCAUUUGAGAGGAGAGAUACCAUGCGAGAAGUCGUCUUCAAAGAGCGUGAUGGAGAAGCCGACUGGGCAGGUAGGCUUCACGGAGAUGUUGGCGGUCUCGUCGCUGGCGAGGACUGAUAGCGCAAGAGCGCACGACGCUAGCACGCUGCGGCUGAGAGUAAACAUGAUGUGCAAAGUAGCUCUCUUCUACAAGAACGUAGUGAAAAAUGUCAAAGAACGAUAAUGAAAAGACGUCGAGAACGAAAAAAAAGGAAUCGCGCUGGGGACUGCGCGUAUGUUAUUUUAAGACCGCCAUGUCUUAGAUCACCAUUCCGCCGCGAGUGCCGGCGGGGCGCGGUGCAGGUAUGCUUUCCAGAUAAGGUAGAUCUCGCGAGAGUUGAUGUGAGAUCCGCUUUUAAGCAACCAUUUAAAAUCUUCAGGAGCUUCGUCGGAUAUCACAGGUCCUUUGGUGACUAGACAAACCAAAUUGGAUGCCUUACAUUGUGGCCUGACGUAGACCGAGCCUGAGAGGUCGUUCCCCGAUUACGGGCGCCAGGCUCUUCUCCCCCGGUGCACCCACGGUGGCUGCCUGCACAAACCCGAGCCAACAGAACCCAAAGCCAAUAGCAUUUCAGGGGAAUGCCUCUAAGCAUGAAAAAGCUCCACGUACGCACAGCCUUGGUCAGCCUUUGGCGCGGGCGGCUGCAGUGGCCCGCGGCCGUCCUCACGAGCGUGGCGUCCCGGUGGGGGCUCUUUUGCCCGCCAUAAGCCACGAUGAGGAUUCGAUUGCCUUGUGGUGAAUGAAACGGGUGUUUCUUCAGUUAUGUUCCGAUGAUGGUGUCAGUCCUCUUGGCCUUCUGCCAACACAGUUGGAAGCGAGGCAUCGUGGGAGGGAAGCACCCGACGAUCCCCCAGCUACAUCCAUCAGGAGCGUCUUUUGCCGUGAUGAGAAAUGGGGCGGUUCCAAAUCAGGCUGGUGCUGUACUGUACUCUAUGCGUCGACUCGCUUACCGCUGCAGGUGACCCGCGCACUAUUUUGGCUAGUCUGUUCAGGCGAGCGGGUUGAAGGCGUCCAAUUACCAGGUCGAGUUCGUCACCAGACGUCCGAGCACCGCAGAGUCAGCCUACCGUAGCCUGAAAAAGUGACAUCCUUCGGGCUCAGCGGUUAAGUCUCGCCUAUCAUGAUGCUAGACGAAAGCGCUUAGGGAUGCCACUCUGCAUAUCAGGCUCCCCGGCAAGGAAGCCAAGAAGAACCAUGUAGCGUUGCACUCUGACCUCGGCCCGUCUCUUAUGUACAUAUAAACGGCUGACCUAGCCACCUUUCAGCCGUUGGUUUUAUCCAGCUCUGUAUAGAUUUGUCCCUUGACAUCCCGCCUCUUUCUACAAUAUCUUGUUUGCUACAAGGUCGCUACAAUGAGAUCUGACUUGCUCGCGCUCCUCUGGUCUGGGGUUUCUCUUACUGCUGAGGCAUCCCCAGCCAGCGCCAACGACGCCUGUUGUAAAGAGCUACAAAAGGAAUUUCCGUCCGGAUAUUUCGAACCGUCUUCUGACCAGUACAAUGCGCUGACAGGAUCGCGCUGGUCCAAGACUGCGAUUCUGCACCCUGGUUGCGUUGUCGUGCCCGCAUCAACAAAGGAUGUAUCCUGUGCGGUGAGAAUUCUCACUAAGCGCGAAUGCAAAUUUGCCGUCAAAUCUGGUGGCCACAACGCCAACCCAGGUGCCAAUAGCAUCGAUGGCGGCAUAUCUAUUGACCUGAAGCGUCUCAACGCUACCAAGCUAGCGGCUGACCGCUCUUACGUCACGUUGGAGACGGGCAUCACUUGGGGAAAUGCGUACCACGCUUUUGAGGCCGAAAAGAUUGCUUUUCCUGGAGGCAUUUGUGAAGAUGUUGGCGUGGGAGGUCUGGCAGUCGGUGGCGGUCAGUCGCUGUUUCAGGCGUCCAAGGGUUGGGUCGUAGACAAUAUCCUUCGCUACGAGAUCGUCCUUGCAGAUGGCACAGCCAUCAACGCAACCCAGUCGUCGCAUGCCGAUCUCUUCAAAGCUCUCAAAGGUGGCAACACCAACUUUGGUAUCGUCACAAAUGUUGACAUUGCCGCAUUCGACUUUGAUGUCAUGUGGGGAGGCGAGGUCCUGUUGAACCUCACAGGCCCGGAAACUAGCCGCAGCGACAUGCUGGACAGACUUAGUCAUGCGACAGUGGACUUUAUCGCAAACAACGAGAAAGACCUCGACACUGGCCUUCAAGUCGUUACCAGCUACUUGAGAAACGGUGCACAGGUAACUGACUUGGCGCUAACCAAUGUCGCCAACGUCUCCAAGCCCUCUUCCCUCGACCAGUUCCUGUCUAUCCCCAACAAGUUCCUGGAUACUACCCGUCACACCAGUCUUGCCACCAUUGCGCAUCAGACCAGUCUGGCAGUUCCUAAGGGAUUCCGAUAUGUCACAGCAAGUGUCACUAUUAAGAACGACUACACCACGCUCAGACAAAUCUGGGACUUGAGCGACGCAACAUACCUGGGCCUUGCUGACAAGAAUAAGGUGGACUGGAUGGUAUCAUUUGUUCCUCAGCCCAAGAUUCAGGAGUCCUAUUCUGCUUCCCGCGGAGGAAACUCGCUCGGACUGGACCACGACUCGGAUGAGAUUGUCAUUUGGCUGCUGUCCAGAUGGGACGAUGUCAGCCUCGAUAGCGAGGUCGACCAGGCUCGCAAUCGAUUUGUUAACAAGGCGAAAGCCAUUGCCAAGCGCAACAACGCGUACGCCUCAUUCGUGUACAUCAACUACGCCGGUCCCAGCCAGGACCCCCUCUGUGGUUACGGUGCAGACACAGUGGCUUUCCUAAGAGGGGUCGCCACCAAGUAUGACCCAACAGGAGUCUUCCAGAGGCUCAUGCCCGGUGGUUUCAAGCUCAGCAGCGCACAAUGCUAAACUGUAAUUAUCUGGCUUUGAAGAGUUGAGCUAUGUCUUUGAAGGGCGAUGAGGGCCAUUGCAGGAGUGUGCGUAAUGAAGGCUACGAAGCCGAGUCGGGUGGAGUACGGAUGGCGUUGGACGCCGGAUGUAUCGGGAGCUUCAGGCUCAGUAAAUAGAGUUGAUGUACUAACGAAAAUGAUAUUCUGUAUAUGGCAAAUUUUUUCGAUAUUACGUGCUCGUCUUUCGUUUAUCGUGUGUCUGUG